UUUUUUAAUCUAUUUAUUUAACACACCCAACAUUCUUUUCUAAAACUCCGUGGCGAAAAGUUUCGCCUCAACUAUGUAGAAACAGAAUGAGUAUUAUAAUUGUAUUCUUCUAAAAUAAUCAAUUGCAAUUCAGUUAUUUCAACUUCCACAUUACAAAUUUUUUGUAAUAACUUCAACUCUCGACUUAUUAUACGAUUAAGAAACGUCUUACCAACUAAACUAUCAUGAACAACCCGAACCCCAAAAUAGAAAGGACUUAUAAAGGGUAGAGUUAUGGCCUCCUAAUUUAUAAACAGUUUACAUUAAAUAGUUGACACUCACAAACUACUACCGACCCGAAAACAUUUUUUCCAUUUUGGUUUGUCCAGUCUACUUGAGGUGUUUUUCUUUAUGAGAUUAGAUAAUAUUCCUUACUAAUAAUAUUCUAAUUAUUUUUUAUUUUUAUCUCUAUUUUCAUUUAUUACUAUAUCAAUUUUAUAUAAAAAAGUAUCAUCUCUAAAAUCUAUAUUUCUAAUUAUGGUUUAAUGCGAAUUACUAUAGUACUAUUUAUUUAAAGUAUCCACUAUGGCAUGGACGCGGCUAUAGCCGCGUCCACGGGCGGGCGACAGGCGGGCUAUAGUGGGAAGAUUGUCCGCCCCGGGAGUGGACGCGGCGGGCGUGGCGAUGGGGGGCGGACGGGCGAUCGCUGGGUGCGGGGCGAGGACGCGACGGGGGGCAUAGCCACGCCUAUAGGCGCGGCGACCAUAGUGGCGGAAACCGCCGCGGCGCAUGCGGCGAAUUUUAAAUAUUUUUUAUAUAUAUAAAUGAAAAUUGAUUAUAAAAUUUGGGGGCUAUUGGAGGUGUCCACUAUAGUGGCGGAAAUAGAAUUUUGGGGCUAUGGACAACAAAAUUAGGGCUAUAGACAAAAACUGGAACGGGACUAUUGGGCGUGUCCGCCUUCCAGUGACACCCUUAGUUCCACAGCCCCUAUAACCUACACUCGUCUCCGAAAGACUUUUUAAUAAUAUUUGCUGAAAAAAUCUUGCGAAAAAAGAAUAAGAAAAGAAAUGACAGAAGAUAAAUGGAGUAUACUACAAAAAGAAAAGAGUGUUAGAAAAUUAGCACACUCACCAAUCGACAAAAAAAUCUCGCCGAAACACCCCAGAUUUUGAUUUCCACCUCCCCGCAUGGCCAUGGCCGCCGCCGCCGGGACCACCAUCAGCGACCUCCCCGACGUCAUCCUCUCCAACAUAAUCGCCGCCGUCUCCGACGUCCGUAGCCGCAACUCCGCCGCCCUCGCCUGCCGCAAGUGGUGCCUCCUUGAGCGCGCCACACGCGCCGCCGUCAGCCUCCGCGGCAACCUCCGCGACCUCUUCAUGGUCCCCAACUGCUUCCCCUCCGUCUCCGCCCUCGACCUCUCCCUCCUCUCCCCCUGGGGCCACCCCCUCAGCUCCGCCUCCGACCCCGCCCUCAUCGCCCACGUCCUCCGCCACGCCUUCCCCUCUCUCUCCUCCCUCACCUUCUACGCCAGGAACCUCUCCUCUAUCCAGCUGGUCGCCUCGCAGUGGCGGAGCGCUGAGCACGUCAAGCUCGUGCGCUGGCACCAGCGCCCCCAGGUCGCCGCCGCCGGCGACGAGCUCAAGAUGCUCUUCUUCGAGUGCGGUCGCCUCAAAUCGUUAGAUCUCUCCUCCUUCUACUGCUGGACCGAUGACGUUCCGCCGGCGCUCGAGGCUUACCCUUCCUUGGCUUCAAAUCUCAUCCGAUUGGAUAUCCUGAAUCCUUCGUUUUCCGAGGGAUUCAAAUCGGAUGAGAUCAAGGCCAUCACCAAAUCCUGCCCCAAUCUGAUUGAAUUCAAAGCUGCCUGCAGAUUUGAUCCGAGGUAUAUCGGCUUCGUCGGAGAUGAAGCCCUAGUUUCUGUAUCGGUGAAUUGCCCCAAAUUGGGGGUUCUUCAUUUGGCCGAUACGUCCGCCCUAUUGAACGCCCGCGGCGACGGAUUCACGGCGGAGGAUGCGAGUAUCAACGUAGCCACCUUGAUCGAGGCCUUCUCCGGUCUGCCAUUGCUGGAGGAAUUGGUGCUGGAUAUCUGCAACAAUGUCCGAGACAGUGGUGCAGCGUUUGAAGUUCUCAAUUCAAGAUGCCCUAAAUUGAGAAAACUCAAGUUAGGGUUUUUCCAUGGGAUCUCGAUGCCUAUAGAGUCGAAAUUGAACGGAGUGGCGCUUUGCCAAGGGCUGAAAUCGCUGUCGAUUCGGAACGUUGGGGAUUUGGAUGAUAUGGGUUUGAUCGGGAUAGGUAGAGGUUGUUGCAAAUUGGCUGAGUUUAAAAUCCAUGGCUGCAGCAAGAUCACAAUGAGAGGGAUGAGGACUCUGGCUUCCUUGCUUCGGAAAACACUCGUUGAUGUUGGAGUCUCCUGCUGCAGCAACCUCCCCGCCCGCCAGUGCUUGAAGGCGUUGGAGCCGAUACAAGAUAGGAUCGAACGCCUUCACAUCGAUUGUAUUUGGGACUCUGGACAGGAGCUUGAAGAUGAUUCAGAUGGAGUUGGUUUUGAUCUUAACUGCUUGGAUCAAGAUAAUGGUUUUGAUGAUGAUGAUGAUGGAAUGAGUAAAGCGAGGAAGAGAUGCAAGUAUUCAUACGAUUUGAAUAUGGAAUUGGAUGUUAACAGCAACGGCUAUGGAAAUAGUGUGAGGACAUGGGAUAAGUUGGAGUACCUUUCACUGUGGAUUGCAGUGGGGCAGCUCUUGACACCUCUGGUGGAGGCAGGGCUCGACCACUGCCCGAAUCUCGAGGAGAUUCGGAUCAAGGUGGAGGGCGAUUGCCGCGAGAUGUCGAGGCCGAGGGAGCGCGAGUUCGGGCUGAGCAUGCUUGUCAACUAUCCCAAGCUGUGGAAGAUGAAUUUGGACUGCAGCGACACCAUUGGGUACGCCCACACGGCGCCUUCCGGGCAGAUGGAUUUGAGCCUGUGGGAGCGGUUCUACCUGAUCGGGGUCGGCCACCUGAACCUGACGGAGCUAGACUACUGGCCGCCGCAGGACCGGGAUGUGAACCAGAGGAGCCUCUCCCUUCCGGCGGCAGGACUGCUGCAGGAAUGUUUUGGGCUUAGGAAGCUUUUCAUACAUGGGACUGCACAUGAACAUUUCAUGAUGUUCCUGCUGAGGAUCACAGAGUUGAGAGAUGUUCAGCUGAGAGAAGACUAUUACCCGGCGCCAGAGAAUGAUAUGAGCACGGAGAUGAGAGCGGAUUCCUGCAGUCGCUUUGAGGCUGCUCUUAAUCGGCGGCGGAUUUCGGAUUGACUGUUGUGGGAUGAUGUAUUUUUCUUUUUUAACAUCACUUGUACAACAGAUUUUACCAUUUUGAAUAACAUGGUGGGAAGAGACUACUGUUUCAUUAA